AUGCCAUUGCCAGAGUCGUUGAAGUUCAUAGUGUCUACACUUUCAUGGACAUUAAGAGCAGGAUGUGUUGCCCAUUUACUUCAUGAAUAUGUCUAUGAAUUCACCGAAACAAGAGGAGAAUCAAUGUUACCUACUUUACAACGAAAUCAUGAUUAUGUUCAUGCCUUUAAAAGUUAUAGAUUAGGACGAGGGUUAGAAAUGGGUGAUUGUAUAGUGGCGGUGAAACCAAGUGAUCCAGACCAUAGAGUUUGUAAACGUAUAACAGGAAUGCCGGGGGAUGUGAUAUUGAUUGAUCCAUCAUCUUCAUCAGAAUUAACUAAUAAUGCCACAGAAAUUGUUCAACAUGAUGGAUUUAAUAAAUAUAUCGUAGUACCGGAUGGUCAUGUAUGGUGUACAGGAGAUAAUUUAUGCCAUUCUCUUGAUUCACGAUCAUAUUCAGUAUUACCUAUGGGACUUAUUACAGGUAAGAUAGUCGCUGCUAAUUCUAUGGAUAAGAAAUUCUUUACAGGUGGAUUUUGGGGAUUUCGAUGGAUAACUAAUACAUUUAAUUAA